CCCCCUCCCCCCCCCAGCCCCGCCGCCGACGCCGGCGUUCUCCCUCCCCUCUCCUCCCCCUCCUCCUCCGCCCCCUCCACCCCUCCCGCCAACUGGUCUGUCUUCGACAUCCGCCCGGAGACCGCCAUGAAGAUGCUCUGCCGCAGCGUGCAGACCCUCGCGAACGUCACCGGCGACAUCCCCCCGACGCCCCCCAUCUCCCGGCCCUCGACCCCCAAAGCGGCAUCCGAAGAACCAGGAUCAAACGAGACCCGCGCCCACCACCGCUCAUCCUCCCGCCCUGCCACGCCCAUCAGUUCCGACGACCUCCGCCCCCCUGCCUUCCACCCCCCCGACGUCGGCGCCCCCGAAGCCAGCACGCACGAACCCAGCGUCGGAUCCCGCACUGUGGCGCAGGCACCCCUCCGCGCGCAGCAUGAGGCGAUCGCGCGGAAGUUCUUUAGCAAGCGGGCACCGGCGAUCGCGCUGGCGGACUACCUCGCGCGGCUGCAGCGGUACUGCCCGAUGUCGACGGCGGUGUACUUGGCGGCAGGGGCGUACAUCUGCAAGCUGGGGGUGGAGGAGCGGACGGUGCCGGUGACGGCGCGGACGGUGCAUCGAUUGGUAUUGGCGGCGUUGCGGGUGGCGAUGAAGGCGUUGGAGGACCUAAGGUACCCGCAGCAGCGGUUCGCGGGGGUGGGGGGGGUGAGCGAGGGGGAGUUGAAGACGUUGGAGAUUAGUUUGUGUUUUUUGACGGGGUUUGAGUUGCAGGUGGAUGCGCAGCGGUUGUAUGAGAAGACGGUGGCGCUGCAGAUGGCGGCGGAGCAUGCGAGUUUGGUGAGCGGGAGGUUGCCGGAUGGGUUUCAGCCAAUGUUACCGGGGAGGAGGAGGAGG